AUUAAAAUCAAGUCCUUAUAUGUACUUCUUCACUUGACAGUAUCUGCACGAAAGUUUACUCGGAUUAUUGUUCCAACUUGCAACCGAUAAAAGCGGGUGUUCCCCAAAGAAGCAUGUUGGGAUUAAUGCUUUAUUUGCUUUUUACCACUGAAAUCCAUCCGAGUCAAGCUAUGUAACAGCGACACUUGCGGAUGACACAGAUUUGUUAGCAGCUGGAGAGUCAAUUUCGGUACCUACUCGACGAGUGCAGACAGCAGUCAAUGCAAUUGCUAAGUGGGCAUCUAAGUGMCGUAUCAAAUUAAACGACACCAAUUCACUUCACUUUGACUUUACCUUGAAAAAAUCGACAUACCGUCCGAUUCAUAUUAAUAAUAUUCCUAUAACACAUCAUAACAGUGCUAAGUAACUAAGCAUGUAAAAUAAAAGAAGUGUGCUUGGCUUGGUAUGAAAUUUGCUAAACUUUACCACCGAUUUGGCAGUAAAUCCACCUUAUCAAUUCAAAACAAACUUUUAGUAUACAAUCAAGUUUUGAAAUCAGAUUAACAACCCAACAAUUGGGAUUGCUCAAGUCAAAGGUGUUUUGCCAGCAUUCAGGGCUUACAAAGUAAAGUACUAAGCGCUUUAGUUAAUGCUUCUCGAUACGUUACAUCUGCUAACCGGCAUUGUAGUAAAUGAAAACUCCAAAAUACCAAAAAAAAAAAGGAUUAUUGUGCAAGAUAACACUAUAAGUUACAAAUAUGCAAAUAUUGUUCAGAUCGGACCACUAUAGCACAUAGCUGUCACGCAAACAGUUCGACCAGUAAGAUAAAGAUCUUUUUAUGCCAUUUAAUGCCAUGAGAAAUGAGGCUGUGAAUGGUCGAUGCAGCUGCAAUUUUUUUCAGUUUAGCUCUUAAGUAACCUUAAUUCGACUUGAAGGUUGUUUAUAUCGAACAAAGUGACUGAAAAGGGCUGUGUCUUCAGAUUUAGUUGAUGUAAGAAAGGCACCUAUUUUACAACUUCGGUGCAGCCGAAGACAACUUCUUUUGUUGUCCGUUUUAGCUGAGACUAAAAACACGCUCACUAGUGGCUGUCCAUUAAUGAUGAAAAAUCUGAAACGAAAUAACGCGAAUGGAAUCGCAUUAAAUUUCUCCAAAAAGUUAAAUCCAGAUAGAUUCAGCACUGAACUGCAUUAUUCACUACCUACAACUAUACUACAAAUUCGCUCACAAUUUGCAAACUAAACUAACGGAAUUUCUAUAAAAGAGAAGUUGUCGCCUGGCAAAAAUGUAUCGGAGCAAAGCGCAUAUCUGUCUGGCAGUAUUCUUGGCAAUAUUGUGCCAAAAUAUCAAUGCCCAAUUCGAUCCGAACUAUGUGGACGGAAGGACUACUAUGGUGCAUCUUUUCGAGUGGAAGUGGGAUGAUAUUGCGGUAGAAUGUGAAAACUUUCUAGGCCCUAAAGGUUACGGAGGUGUUCAAGUUUCGCCAGUAAAUGAGAAUGUCGUUGUGGCCAAUCGUCCGUGGUGGGAACGUUAUCAACCCAUCUCAUACCUACUGACCACACGUUCGGGCAACGAACAACAAUUCGCGGACAUGGUGCGGCGCUGUAACAAUGCCGGCAUUCGAAUAUUUGUAGAUGUCGUAUUCAAUCACAUGGCCGCCGAUAAUGUUAAUGCGCGCGGCACAGGUGGYUCAACGGCCGAUCCGAGUAACAAAAGCUUCCCAGCCGUGCCGUAUUCAAAUACAGAUUUCCACRCCUCAUGCACUAUUAAYAACUAUAAUAAUAAAUAUGAGGUACGAAACUGUGAACUCUCCGGUUUGAAGGACUUGGAUCAAAGCAAAUCAUGGGUACAAGAUCGUGUAGUCGACUUUCUCAACAAACUUGUUAGUCUGGGUGUGGCUGGUUUCCGUGUCGAUGCUGCCAAGCAUAUGUGGCCGGCUGAUCUCGAGGUAAUCUACAAUCGUGUUAGCAAUUUAAGCGUUGAUCAUGGUUUUCCCACCGGUACGCGCYCUUUCAUAUUCCAAGAAGUUAUAGAUUUGGGUGGUGAGGCUAUAUCCAAAAAUGAAUACACACACAUGGGUGUGGUSACCGAGUUCGCACACUCCAACUCGAUCGGCAGAGUAUUCCGUGGCAAGGAUCAAUUACGUUGGCUGAUCAACUGGGGUCCAGAGUGGAGUUUCCUUAACUCAGAUCGUGCACUGAUUUUCGUAGACAACCACGACAAUCAACGUGGACAUGGCGCUGGUGGUGCAGAUAUUCUCAACUAUAAGACAUCGAAGCAAUAUAAAAUGGCCAGCGCUUUCAUGUUGGCUCAUCCAUUUGGUAUUACGCGUGUCAUGUCGUCGUUUGCAUUCGACAACACCGAUCAAGGUCCACCMACAACGGACGGUAAUAGCAUUGCCAGUCCCAUAUUCAAUGCUGAUAAUUCCUGUAGCGGUGGUUGGGUAUGUGAGCAUCGUUGGCGUCAAAUUUACAACAUGGUUGGCUUCAGGAACAUUGUGGCUGGCACAAAUUUAGAAAACUGGUGGGACAAUAGCAGYAACCAGAUCGCCUUCUGUCGCGGCAAMAAAGGUUUCGUGGCAAUUAAUGGCGAUGCUGCUGAUCUUAAUACUUCGCUGCAGACCUGCUUGCCAGCUGGUACUUAUUGUGAUAUCAUUUCCGGCGACAAAGCAGGCUCUAGUUGCUCUGGCAAGCGUGUGGUCGUCGGCUCAGAUGGACGCGCCAACAUUUCUAUCGGUCAAAAUGAAGAAGACGGCACGCUAGCCAUACAUAUAGAAUCCAAAUUAUGAACAUAUGCUGAUUUUAUCGUAUUUACGACAUCAUUACUCGAAAUUUAGAUUAAUAAACGGUUGAAAUGUGUUUUAUGUAUUACUUAUAGCA